AUGUCUCUCAUCAGGUCGCGGCUGUCGGUGGCCAGGCGCUGGGCACCUGGAUCCAAGCAGCAGCAGCAGCGGGUGCGACUGCAGCUGGCGUUCAGCGGGCUGUUGAAGGGGCAGCCUGGCAGGCGCGGACAGGAGCACCUGCACGGGCAUCCGUCAUACACGCCAGCCUGCCCCGAGCCCGGGCACACCCGGCCUGGGGUGGCCCUCUCGCUCGUGCUCGGCCUGGUCGGGGCGCAGUGCUUCGCAAGGUCCUCGUCUGGACAGGACGACGACGUGCCCGCGGAGAGACCCAGUCGGUGGUCCAUGGCAGAAUCGCGGACGGCGAAGGCCCUGGAGAACCUGCGGGUGGGCGUACGGGUCCUCGGCCACUACGAUCAAGAGGACAACUACUGGCAUGAAUGCAGUUUGGUCAGCAGAGUCACUGCGGCCAAAUGGGUGGUGGUCACUCCACACAGUGACAUCUACGAGGAAGAUUUUGCAAACGCCCUGGACCUCUGUCAGGUCGGCCCCCUUGGAGGCUUGUCCACGAAGCUCUCGGGCCACAUCCUCAGCACAGACAUCGUCCGCUUCAAGAGACACCAAGGGAGGCUGCUCAGCGAGGGCAAGCAGCUCGCUAGCGAGAUCUGCCAAGGCCUCCCCGAGGAGCCACAAGGGGCGCCCGCGCCUCCGCCUGCACUCGAUGGUGGUCUGGAGGAUCGCGCUGACGCAGGUGAUGUUCCUCGCUGGGUUGUCUUGGAGGCUUGCGCUGGCUACCGACCAAGUGACGGGCUUCAAGCAGGCACCGUGCCCGGCGCCAUUGCCGGGGAUGGGGGCAUCUGCGAGCCUGCCGACGGGUUCAAGCUGGCAGGCACGCCCACCGCCUGGCAGGACCGCCAAGCUGCAGAGCAGACUCUUCGAACCCUCCUCGUCAAGUACGGUGGCGGCGGCAACAGGGUCAGAGUCUUCGCUGAGUCAGGGGACACCACGACCUCCAACUCGCAGCUGGACUCCCCUGGCUGCGGGCCGCGGACUACCUUGUGGGUGGUGCAGCAGCGGGCGCACUUCGCAGUGCUGGGGGGUCGGCUUUGCACGACGAGCGCAAGAUCCUCUUGGGACAAGAGCGUGGGCGUGAAGGAGUUGUGGGUCGUACUGCACUGCAUAGCGGGGUGGCAGCCCGCCUUCAGGAGGGAGCAGCAGUACUCAAAGGGCGCCGCAAAGGACGUGAAGAAAAUAGUCUUGCUCGAGGAUCAGUGGCUUCUCAACGGCAUCGCCUCCCUCAACGAGUUGGGCGGGCAGGGGCGCCAUGUGCCCACCUCCGCCCCGCUGACGGCGGCCCAGCGCGCUGCAGUGAGGCGGCUGGCCACGACCUACGGCAAGUGGUCGCCGCCCGUUGAUCGCCUUAGUCCCCAUGAAGCGUGGACGGCGCUACAGGGUCUCAGGCCUGGCUACUCUGAGGUCGAGGCCUCCGGUUCUCGAACAGUCUACCAGCGGGGAAACAUCUCUCUCCCCAAGAUCGGUGCGGGUAAGGUGGCUCUUAUGGAGGUCCUCCCGACUGACCUGCAGACCAAGCUGGAGACUGGGCGCGGGCUGUUGCGAUCCCCAGAGGAGGCAGCAGCGCUAAUUCGUGAUGCAGGUGCUCCUCGUGCCAUGGGCCCGAAGCUUGGGCGGCUCGGCUACGACUACGGCCACGCUCUGGGGGAGCUCUACACCUCCGGGGUGAUCGAGGCCAGCUCGGAGCCGGACAAGCGGUUGCGUCUCAUCUGCGACACCAGGACGCCUAACAUGCACUUUACCACUCCAGAGCACACGGCACUCGCGACGGGUGAGGCUUUGUCCUCGCUGGAGGCGUCGGGAGUCAAUAUGAUCGGCAUGAGUUCUGGAGACGUCGACUGCUGUUUCUAUCAAUGUGCAUUGCCGCCCUGGUGUAGGCGCUACUUCAACCUCCCGCUGAUCGAGAGUCGCUUCCUGCCGCCGGAGGUUCGGAGCGCCUGCGGAUUGACGUUGAAGAGCGGCCAGGUACGCUUUCGAUUCAAGGUGGUGCCCAUGGGCUGGAGCUGGGCGGUGCACUUUAUUCAAGAAGCACACCUUCACCUCGUCAAGUCAGUCUUGCCAUCUCAGCCAUGGUGCUUGGACAAGUGCCCCGGCAUUGACUUGAACCUUGAGGAUGCCAAGGUCCUGUACAUAGACAACUUUGCCGUGCUGUCCCAGUCGCCCUCCCGUGCCGCCACCGCCGUCGCCGACAUGCAGGCGGCGCUCGCGGCCAAGGGCGCGGUCUCCGAGCUAGACCCUGCUCCGGCUGAGCGCGGCGAGCUGCUGGGAUGCGAGCUCGACCUGCAGACGGGCUGCUGGUACGUGCUGGGUCGCCGGCUCUGGCGGGUCUACGGCGCCCUGGAGCAUGUUCUCACCGGGCGGGCCAAGGUCUCUGGCCAAGAGCUCGAGCGUUUGAUCGGCCACCUGGUCUCCAUCCUGAUGCUGCGCCGGCAGGGGCUGGCCAUGCUGCACUCCUCAUGCGAGUUCGCGCAGGCGUCCUACUCCAAGAAGCAGCCGCUCUGGAAAAGCGUGGUCCGUGAAAUGGGCUGGGUCAAGGCGCUACUGCCUUGCCUUCGGGCCGACGCCCGACGCCCGUGGAGCGAGGUGGUCACCUGCUUCGACGCGUCUCCUUGGGGCUACGGGAUCGUGGAGACCGAGUGGGACCUGAAGGAUGUGCAGCGCGUCGGCAGGGCCUCCGAGCGCGCGCGGUUCCGUGGCGUGCUCGCUGCCGAGGGCGCCCCCCGCGAGAGGACGCUGGAGCAGGAAAUAGCGCGGGCGCCAGAGCCCGCCCUCUUGCUGGCCGGGCGCUCGGCAGGCUUCCCGGAGGUCGACUACGGCAAGAUGCAUGCCCGGCCCUGGCGCGUAGUAGGCUGCGGCCGCUGGAAGCGCAAGGAGGCCAUCCACGCGCUCGAGGGGGCCGCUCUGACAUGGGCCGUCCGCCGGGCGGCCAGGGUGGCGAUGCUCCAGGCGGUGCCGCCCGCGCCGAUGGCCCUGGCGAGCUGCCGCUCCGGCCCUCGCGCGCCGAGCGAGCGCAGGAGCCACUCGCCUUGCCUUCCGGGCAACCGAUGCCGGGGCAAGCCGAGGCAGGCCGUGGUGCCGGUGCUGGGCGAGCCCGAGAGCAGGCCAGACUUGGCUGGGCGGCACGCAAAGCUUGGCCUCAGUCACUCGGAGAGCGACUUCAUCCAGAAGUGGCGCCAGUUGCGCCCGCGCCAGACCCGGCUUGCUUCGGCCAAGUGCAGGCCUCGCACGCAUGGGCCCUACCUCGGGAUGAUCCUCGGCUUGGUACGCUGGCUGAAUAUGGCAUUCCUCCUGGACUGGCCGCACCUCGCGUGGGACGAGACGCUGGGGGAGUACGCCGAGUCGAUCUACGACCGCGGGGCCCCCAAGGCGUCAUCUCAGCGGCUGGCCCCGGCGCUGCGCUGGGCGCUGCCCGCCCUCCGCCGGGGCGGGAUCCGCGAGGUCUUCCCCCUGACGCACCAGACGCUGAAGGGCUGGAACGUCCUGGGCCCGUCCAAAUCCAGACCGCCCGUCCCGUUCUUGGUGGUGCUGGCGGUGGCCUGCGGGCGGUGCCGGGCGGGGAAGCCACUCAGUGGCUUGGCCGUUCUCACCAGGUUCGAGACCUUCAUGCGCCCGUCAAGAGUGCUGGAUUUGCGAGCAAGGCAGGUAGCCCUGCCGCUGCCAAGGGAAGGAGGUGCACCGAUCUUCUUGACGGUCGCGGUGUGGGCCUCAGUGUACGAGAUACCAACCAAGACCCGCGAGUACGACCUUUCAGUUCGGCUCGACCUGCCCAGGCAACAGUUGAUGGUGAACCCGAUCUUCCUUGUGCGAGCCCUUCGGGAACCCGCCCACGCCUUCCUGGUCUUGGGCUACAACCAACUGGCGAAGGACUUCCAGAACACGACCCCUGCUCUGAGCGUGUGCUUACUCAAGGCCACCCCUUGCUCCCUCCAGCAUGGAGGGGCCAGCCGCGACCAGAGCGCGGGCGACAGAGACUCAGACACCGCGCAGCAGCGAGGAGGGUGGAAGGCGUUCAAGUCCGUGCUGCGCUACGAGAAGCACGGGCGCCUGCUGCUGGAACUACGCAAGCUCAGCGACCUGCAGCGCGAAACCCUCCGAGCAGCAAGCGGGGACUUCGUGGGCGUCUUCAACAGGUCCUUGGAGCUGCAUUUCGGAGCGCCCCCCAUCAAACAAGGGUGCGCAUCGAAGUCUUCUCAGGAUGUGGAGCUCUGA